UCCGAAAAACUAAUAGUUAAUAAAAAGUGACAACGUGCUGAUAGUUAAUACAUUAAAACAGACUAUAAAGCACAUUUAAGCAAUAAUAAAUAAAAUCUCUUACACAAAACAAUACUACUCUACCUUAAAAUCCAAAUGUCAUUUCUUUGAGACAGCAUCAUCUCACGAGCUUUUUCCUCCUAGACACUUGCCACAUGCUUUUGCUAAAAUAAUUAAGAAAGACUAACAACAAAGUUUAACGUUAAAAUUAUUGUAAUAAUUAUUAAAAAUCUAAUAUAAUAAAAUGAAUAUAUUAUGUACGAUUCUCUUGUUUUUUUAUAAAAACAAGGUUGUUUUACCAGAAAUACUCACAAGCUCAGCCAUGACUACUGCUAUAGCUAGAAUGGAAUUAGUAAUUCUAAAUCUAAUGCCAAUUUUCUUCUUAUUCUUUUCAUCAACUUAUGCCCAAUCAAAGGUAUACAUCGUUUACAUGGACCAUUCAGUCAUGCCCAAAGCAUUUUCUACACACCACAACUGGUUUAAGUCCACUCUUUCUUCCAUAUCAGAAAAUUCAGAGCUCCCCAUUUCCUCAAAACUCAUCCACACUUACACAAACUCCAUUCAUGGCUUCAGUGCAUCCCUCACUCCCUCCGAGUUAGCUUCCCUCAAAAACUCGCCUGGUUACAUCCACUCCACCCCAGAUCGUCCUCUGGAACUACACACCACUCACUCUACUAAAUUUCUCGGAAUGAGCACCACCUCCGGGGUCUGGCCGGCUUCAUCAUACGGCGAAGGCGUCAUAAUCGGCGUCAUUGACUCAGGCAUCUGGCCCGAGAGCGAGAGCUUUAAAGACAGAGGAAUGAGUCGUGUCCCAUUGAGAUGGAAAGGAAAAUGCGAGACAGAACAACAUUUCAACUCUUCUUUGUGCAACAAGAAACUCAUAGGUGCUCGAUUUUUCAACAAGGGAAUUGUAGCCAACUUCCCCGAAAUCAACAUAACACUCAACUCUGCUCGUGAUGAUCAAGGACACGGGUCUCACACGGCGUCAACUGCUGCAGGAAACUUUGUUGAAAAUGCUUCCUAUUACGGCUAUGCUGCUGGAACCGCCAGGGGUAUGGCUCCAAGAGCUCGGGUGGCCGCAUACAAAGUUCUUUGGAAAAAUAAGGUCUUUGCAUCUGAUGUUGUCGCAGCAGUGGACCAAGCAAUCAAGGAUGGAGUGGAUGUAUUGUCAAUGUCAUUGGGAUUCUUUGCGGCCAAGGAUAAAUUUUACGAGGAAGACGCAAUUGCAGUGGCUACAUUUGCAGCCAUGGAGAAAGGUAUCUUCGUUUCUGCUUCGGCGGGGAACGCGGGUCGUCUUCAUGGGACAAUUAACAAUGGGGCGCCAUGGUUGACAACAGUGGGUGCUGGAACAGUUGACCGUGAGUUUGAAGGAGCGUUGACUCUUGGAAACGACACUAAACAAAUUACAUUUGAGUCUUUAUACGCAGGCAACUUUUCUGGUCUCCGAGAACCACUUGUUUUCUUGAACAAGUGCAAGAGCUUGAAGAAGCUGAAAAAUAUUAAAGGGAAAGUCAUUGUUGUAUGCAAAGAUGGAAAGACAACAACUUUGGAAGAUCAAAUCGAGGUAAUCAAGAAUGGAAGUACUUCGGUGAUUUCUGGUGCUAUAUUUGUUACCAACGAUGAAUGGAAAGAUUACUAUGAUUACUCAUUUGCAGCUACAUUCGUUGAUGAAAAAGAUAAUCAGAAAACUGUGAUGGACUACAUUAGUAAGAACAAAAACCCAACUGGAAUUUUAGAGUUUCGGAAGACGAUUUUGGGUAGAGCAACAGCUCCGAAAGUUGCCAGGUACAGUUCGAGAGGUCCAUUUAUGAGAAGCCCAAGUGUGUUAAAGCCAGACAUUUUGGCUCCUGGCUCGGAAAUCUUGGCUUCAUGGUCUCCACUCAACAAAAUAGUCGAAGUCCACUCCAAGCCUUUGUUCAGUCACUUCAAAAUCAUAUCGGGAACUUCCAUGGCCGCUCCUCAUGUUUCAGGUUUAGCCGCUUUAAUUAAAACCGUUCACCCAGAUUGGAGCCCUGCAGCUAUUAGAUCCGCCAUCAUGACAACGGCAAACCCUUUAGACAAUACUGGAAGUCCCAUUAAGGAUGCCGGAAACUUUGACCAUCCGGCCAGUCCCCUAGAAAUGGGAACUGGAUUCAUCGAUCCCAAUAAGGCCAUUGAUCCUGGGCUAAUCUACGAUGCUGAAACAGAGGACUAUGUCAAGCUUCUCUGCUCAUUGAACUACACAGCAAAACAGAUGAAAAUCAUUACCAAAACGAAUACUAGUUGCAAUGGGAUUAAACCGUCUUCUGAUCUCAACUACCCUUCGUUCAUAGCUUACUUUCCCAGCGAUUUCGAGGCCCCUCAUCCGGGUCCGAAAGUGGUAAGGGAGUUCCAGAGGAGGGUGAGGAAUGUUGGGAAAGAGAGGUCGAGUUACAUAGCAGAGUUGAGUGGCAUGAGGGGUUUGAAGGUGAAGGUGGAGCCAAUGAAGUUAGUUUUCCGGCGGAAGAAUGAGAUGCUGAGUUACAAACUAAGUGUGGAGGGUCCGACUAAUUUGGAGGAGGAGGUUGUGCAUGGCUCACUGAGUUGGGUGGAGGAGUCUGGUAAACACGUUGUGAGAAGUCCAAUUGUGGCCACUAAUAUGGACCCAAUGAACCUUUAAAAGCAACUACGUACUCGGACUAGGAAGGAGUAUUUCAAAGCAAGCAAGCUAGAGUUUCUAAUUUUUAUGAUAGGAGCAUUGCUGGCACUUUAAUUGGGGUUUUUACUUAUGAUUUAUUAAAUUAAAAUGUGUGGAACUGAAUAUUAAAGUAGAAUUAUUUUGAAUUUUUUAUUUUUGAAAAGUAUGUUUGUUUGAAUUUAACCAUUUAUGAGUCAAACUUUGUGCUGUUCAUUUCAA